UUUUUUUUGGUCAUACUCGCCCUUGGUUUAUGAGUCCUGGAAUGUAUCUUGUCCGAAGAAAGGGGCAGCGGCGACAACCCACAGAGGAAAAUGCUGAGAAGAGUGUUACUGAAACAAGCUUCUACUUGCCGUCACUUUCUGUCCAACGGUGCAGCAACUUCUAUUUCACUUCCCUUGCAUAGGAGCCACUCUUCUUAUUCAUCGUCUUCACAUUCAGAAUCCCCUAACGCUACUUUUGCCGAACAUUUGGAGAACCAGAAUGCCCAAUCCACCACUACCAUUUCCGUUGACCGAUCUGGGCUUUAUAACCCCUCUGAGCAUUCUCACGAACCCACUUCGGAGUCGGAGCUUAUCAAGCACCUGAAAGGCAUUAUCAAGUUCCGUGGUGGCCCAAUUACAGUGGCAGAGUAUAUGGAAGAAGUUUUGACAAACCCUAAAGCUGGGUUCUACAUUAAUCGAGAUGUUUUUGGAGCAGAAGGUGAUUUCAUAACAUCUCCUGAAGUUAGCCAGAUGUUUGGGGAGAUGGUUGGUGUGUGGGCAAUGUGUUUAUGGGAGCAAAUGGGACAGCCGAAAGAAGUGAACCUUGUAGAGCUUGGUCCAGGUCGAGGAACCCUUAUGGCUGAUCUUCUGCGUGGCGUCUCAAAGUUUAAGGGCUUCACUGAAUCAUUGCAUAUACACAUGGUAGAAUGUAGUCCAGUGUUACAGAAACUUCAACAUGGCAAUUUAAAAUGUGUGGAAGAACAUACUACCUGUGAAGGUGUUGAGAGAAGAAAUAUUAGCACAUUGGCAGGAACACCUAUAUCAUGGCAUGCUGAACUAGAGCAGGUUCCACCAGGAUCACCUGUAAUCAUCAUUGCCCAUGAGUUUUAUGAUGCUUUACCAGUUCAUCAGUUUCAGAGGGCUUCUCGUGGCUGGUGUGAGAAAAUGGUUGAUAUUUCUGAGGAUUCAACGUUUCGAUUUGUUUUGUCUCCACAGCCAACACCUGCAACGCUCUAUUUAAUGAAGCGCUGCAAGUGGGCUGCAACUGAAGAAGAAAUUGAGAAGCUUAAUCACAUAGAAGUUUGCCCCAAAGCAAUGGAUUUGACUCAUACAAUUGCCAAGAGAAUAAGUUCUGAUGGAGGAGGGGCACUUAUAAUUGAUUAUGGUCUAAAUGGAGUGGUCUCAGACAGUUUGCAGGCAAUUAGGAAACACAAGUUCGUUGACAUACUAGACAAUCCUGGGUCUGCUGAUCUUAGUGCUUACGUUGAUUUUGCUGCCAUCAGACACUCUGCUGAGGAAGCUUCAGAAGAUGUGUCUGUCCACGGCCCAAUUACCCAGUCCCAUUUGCUUGGUUCUCUGGGAAUAAAUUUCCGUGUGGAAGCAUUGCUGCAGAACUGCACAGAUGAACAAGCAGAGUCCCUAAGGACGGGAUACUGGCGGCUGGUGGGUGAAGGUGAAGCUCCAUUCUGGGAGGGACCCGAUGAACAGGUGCCUAUUGGCAUGGGUACCCGGUAUUUGGCAAUGGCUAUUGUGAAGAAGAAGCAAGGUGUUCCAGUUCCAUUCCAAUAAAGUUGGAAAUGCUUCUUCAUUCAUGUUUUGUAAGAUUUUGUGUCUUAAGCAUUUGUACAUCAAUAGUUUAUUCUUUUUAUCCAAUAAGUUAAUAGUUUUAGUUUUUA